CAUCAAUUCAUCCAUUUAUUUCCCCACCCCGUUAAUUACGCCCCAUUUCCUCUCCCUUUCUCUCCACUUUACUUACCACUACUAGUUUUAGUCGCAUAUCACUCCUCUCACUCCCUAUGUCCAAACAACCAACCAACACCACCAACAAAACAUGUCUCCUCCUCCUCCCCUUUUCUUCUUCCUUCUCUCCCUCCCCUUCCUCCUCUCCUCCCCUUCUCUCUCCUCUCCCUUCGACACUGCCUACCACAUAGACUGCGGUGGCCAGACCAACUCCACCGACAAAUUCGCCACCACCUGGCUCUCCGACCGCUUCUACACCGCCGGUUCGACCGGGCUCGUCUCCGAACCCCUCCGCUUCCACAACCUCCAGGAGAAGACACUCCGCUUCUUCCCCAUCUCCUCCGGCAAGAAGAACUGCUACAUAGUCUCCGUCCCCAACGGCCGCUACUAUGUACGCACAUUCACCGUCUACGACAACUACGACGGAAAGUCCAACUCCCCCAGCUUCGACGUCUCCGUCGAAGGAACCCUAGUCUUCAGCUGGCGCUCGCCGUGGCAGCAGGAUAUCGGCCGCAACGGCGCCUACUCCGAUCUGUUCGCGUUCGUCUCCGACGGCGAGGCUGAGGUCUGCUUCUACAGCAUUGCCACUGAUUCUCCCGUUAUCGGAUCGUUGGAGCUGAUUCAGAUCGAUCCGGCGUCGUACGAUUCUAUCACGAUCGGGAACAGCUCCAUUUUGGUGAAUUACGGGCGGUUGACCAGUGGUUCGAACCAGUGGGGGCCGGGUUUCAGCAAUGACACCGACGUGUUCGGCCGAUCGUGGCAGUCCGACGCCGAAUUUCGGUCGCAGAAUUCGAUUGGAGUCAAGGCCGUGUCGGCGAUCAAGAACGUUGUCAAUACCAAUCAAAGCCCUAAUUAUUUCCCGAUGAAAUUGUAUCAGACGGCGUUGACGGUGACCGGGAACAGCGCUUUGCAGUAUGAAAUGCCUGUGGAUGCCAAAUUGGACUACUUGGUGUGGUUUCAUUUUGCGGAGAUCGAUUUGAGUGUGACCAAACCAGGACAGAGAGUGUUUGAAGUGGUGAUAAAUGAUAAGAAUGUGAGCCGUGUUGAUAUAUAUGAGAAGGUUGGGGCUUUUGCUGCGUAUAAUUGGUAUUAUAUAGUGAAGAAUUUGAGUAGCAAUAUUUUGAGCAUAAAGCUUGUUCCUGUUGUUGGUGCACCUGUAAUUUGUGGUCUCGAAAAUUAUGCCAUUGUUCCUGCUGAUCUUUCGACUGUUUCGGAUCAAGUGGUUGCUAUGAGAGCUUUGAAAGAUUCACUUCGUGUUCCAGAUAGGAUGGGUUGGAACGGCGACCCUUGUGCUCCUACUACUUGGGAUGCGUGGGAGGGUGUCACUUGCCAUCCCAUUAAGAACAACUCGGCCCUUGUGGUCUCCCAAAUAGAUCUUGGAAGUCAAGGAUUGAAAGGUUAUAUUAGUGACGAAAUUGCUCUUUUGUCAAACUUGGUAAGCUUGAACUUGAGUUCUAAUUCUUUGGAAGGUACCCUACCCUCAGGCCUGGGUCAAAAUUCUCUUGUGAAGCUGGAUCUUUCAAACAAUCGGUUUACUGGGUCCAUACCAGACAGUCUUACUGCUUCAAAUUUACUGUUUGUGUUUCUGAAUGGUAACUUAUUGGAAGGACAAGUACCAGAGAAACUUUAUUCAGUUGGUGUCCAUGGAGGAGCUAUUGAUCUCUCUGGCAAUAAGGGCUUGUGUGGUGUACCUCCUUUGCCAGACUGUCCUCUAUUUUGGCGGAAUGGCGGCUUAUCCAAUGCUGGGAAAAUUGCAAUAGGCCUAUCAUGCCUGGUUAUCUUUUGCAUGCUGUUAUUAGUUAUAUACUUGUGCUGCAGGAGGGGCCGUAAUGAUUAUGACUUUGGUCUACCUUCCGAGUUGAUGUCACUAGCCGCAAAGAGAAACAGAUAUCAUAGGCAGAAAUCCUUGAUGGCUCUAGAAAUGGAGAGCCAGCACGCGAAAGGGUUUAUACCGACUUACAAUUCCAAUUAACGGAGUUUUCGUCGAAAGGAAAAAUACAGAUUUUGAGCUUAUUAGCAAGAGGGGGCAUAUAGAGAGAGGGGGACCUUGUAUGAUUCGAGGAGUUGGUACACCACUACUUCAGAAAGAUGUGACUUGAGAGGUGUUUGGCUUUUCCCCAAAAGAAUUGUAUGAAAUGAGUUGUUGGCAUUUGCACAUUAUAUGUAGAAUGUAUGUCUCUUACUUUAUUCAUGAACCACUGAACAAAUUCAUUUCCCCACAAUGUAUCAUACCCAAAUUUUGGCAUUCGAUGAAUGUUACAUGUCAAUUCAGAUCUCAAUGCAUAUAAGAUAACACCCCACAUUUGUACCUCGUGGCCCCGGGACAUUAUGCUUGCAUGAAACAUGAUCGAUUUAGGUCAGAUCAGAUCGAUCCUUAUCUCUAUGUCAAUCACUGCACAUUUGGUGUUUUCGAUCUGUGAAAAAUUGUGAUAUAGCUGUUUAAUAUGUUUCUCAUGGCUUAUGCUAUGAACACUAUAUAUUGAAAACACUUUUCAUUCCA